UUUCGUUUCCGACGUUUCGCACUUUCUUCCUAUCUUAAGAAAAGAUCUCUCGGUUAUUAAAGGAUCUGAAUUUCGGUCUCAACUUUGGAUAACUAUGCUACAUAGGAGUUUCAAGCCCGCCAAAUGCAAAACAGCCUUGAGGCUUGCGGUAUCACGCAUAAAGCUGUUGAGGAAUAAGAGGGAAGCACAGCUGAAGCAUCUAAAGAGGGAUGUAGCCCAAUUGCUCGAGUCUGGGCAGGACCGGACCGCUAGAAUUCGAGUUGAACAUGUUGACAGGGAGGAGAAGACAAUGGCAGCAUAUGAACUUAUUGAGAUAUACUGCGAACUUAUUGUGGCACGCUUACCAAUGAUAGAGUCGCAAAAAAACUGUCCCAUUGAUCUGAAGGAAGCAAUUUCAAGUAUAAUAUUUGCAUCUCCAAGAUGUGCAGACGUUCCUGAGCUCACAGAAAUCCGCAAACAUUUUACAGCUAAAUAUGGAAAAGAAUUUAGCUCUUCUGCUGCUGAAUUACGUCCAGAUUGUGGUGUAGGUCGCAUGUUGGUUGAGAAAUUAUCUGCCAAAGCACCUGAUGGUCAGACCAAGAUCAAAAUUUUGAGUGCAAUUGCUGAGGAACAUAACGUUAAGUGGGAUCCUAACUCAUUAGACGAGAAAGAUACAAGCCCCCCUGAGGAUUUGCUGAAUGGACCAAGCAAUUUUGAGAAGGCCAGUAAAUUAUUUGUGGAGCCUCGUGUCCAAGCUCCACCUAAUCAUGAUGACAACAGACCUCCUCCAAAUGUUCAAGCUCCAGUUAAACAUGAUGCAAGGCAUGAUGUAUCUGGAAAUUUCUAUGAUCACAACACAAGAUUAUCACCUCACGCCCAAAAUUUUGAUUCUGCACAUGCUGACGCCAAAAAGUUUGCAACAUUUGGCACAUUUCAUCCACAAGCGGGAUCAUCAGGAACUGGGAGUGAAGAGAGAGAAUCCAGGCAUACAUAUUCUGGGGAAGGCAAUGCUUUUUCUUUGGGUAGGAAGAAUUGGAAUAUGGAAUUUAAGGAUGCUACCGCUGCUGCACAGGCAGCUGCUGAAUCUGCAGAGCUUGCAAGUAUGGCUGCCAGAGCAGCUGCAGAAUUUUCAAUCCAAUCACAGGUCAGUAGGCAGCAAUACUCUCCGGAAUCACACAAGUCUUCUGCUCAUGGGCCAAGUGAUGAAUGGUCUCAAAAAUAUGCUGGGUCCAAAUUGCAAGGUGAACAUAUUGCCAAACGUCCAGUUAAUGAUGCCUUCCCUGAAAGAAAUUCUUUGAGGCAUGAUGAGCAAAUUGAUCGCACUGAGCAAGAUAGCCUGCCAGGAGCAGCUGAAAGGUAUUACAUGGAUGAUCACGAGAACACUGACAAGUCUAGCUGGUCAGCUUCCUUGAAGUCAACUAGAGAUUCCAUUGAUAAUAAUCCAGUGGUUAAUAGUUCCCAAAAUACAGAUAGGUAUUCUCGAAAGAAUUCAUCUGAACUAGAGAACAGUAAUUCUUUAGGUGAACUGAGUAUGAAGAAGCAAUCCAGCAACAGCAGGUUAGAAAUUGAUAAUGAACCGAAUGAUCAUACGAAAUUUGAGAACGUUGAUUAUAUUGGAGAUGUAAGGAUCAGAAAACAAUCUAGCAGAGCUUCCUCUCAGAAUUCUCAUUCAAGCACUUUUAGUGAUGAUGCUGGUCAGGAAUCUUUUGUUAUUGAUGAAGAUAACAUCCCUAGUAACAAUGAGAAGACAAAUUCUUAUGACAAUGCUGCUAUGGUUUUUGAUGACGAUGGUUCAGAUGGUGAUGAUUAUAAAUUUGAUGUUGGGAACGAGUUAAAUGGACAAGAAUCUAGUUUGUAUUUUUCAUCUCCAGGUAGAAAAUCACAGGCAAAUCAGUUGGAGAAUACAAAUGCUUGGAGCCCCAGGAAAAACAUUGAUGAGCUAUUUGAAAAGUCCAUUUCCCAAUCACAUUCUUCCAGCGAGCUUGUAUUUUCUGAAAGUUUGAGAAGUUCUACGGUUCCUUCACAACCACAUGAUUUCGUGCAUGUGACUUAUGAUGAUUCAGAUGGCCAGAGUUCAGAUGGUGAAGAGGAGCUGGAGAAAUCAAAGUUUGUUGGGAAUAUGGACCCUAGUAUGCAUCCUCGUGAACAGAUUGUUUACUCCAAAAAUUCUGAGCUGAGCAAGAGUGCAAGUCAUGAGUUGAUAGCAUCUUCAUCUGCUGAGAAGGAAAAUGCAGCAUUUAACAGAAAGCCAUGGUCGCCACCCUCUCCAGUUGAUUUGGAACCCAUGGAAGUACACCGCAAGGCAGACCAAGGAAAGGAAUUUUAUGGUGCAUCUGAUAAAAGGUUUGGUUAUGGUGACCUGCCAUCUCCAAAACUUGAAAAAUCCGUAUCAGACUUGAGCAUUGAGGACGAGGAGCAGACACCACCAUUACCUGAUACUUGGAAAGAUAAUGAACUUUUGAAGGAAUCUAGUUUAGGAAGUGGUAGCGAGUUGAACUUUGGAAAGUUGACAGGAGGCCUUCGAAAUAAGGGUUUGACGCGUCCACCUUAUACUAGAAGUCCAUCAGGCAAUGCUUCAUCCGUCAGGCACGCCUCAGGCAGUACUUCCAAGAUUGAGCAAUACCCUUCAUCUGUAACAGCCAGGACUACAAUUAGUCCUGGUGCUCGCAAUCAAGGGCUGCGCAAUCAGAAAGUGAUUUUAAAACAAAGUAGAGAGCUAAGCCCUAGAGCCCCAGUCUCAUCUUCGGAUUCUGAUUCUGAUGAUUCAAAGGAACCCUCACAGCAGACUAUUAGCAGUAGUCGACAGACGCACAAUCAGAAAGCAGGCACUAAAGUAAAUAAAAAUUCAAGCCCAAGGGUCCCAAUUACAAACUUUGUUGCAGACCCUAGCGAUUCUGAGGAAGAUCUUCCUAAACAAGGUUCCCUCAGCAAUGCUCGUCCAAUUACCGGAUUGUCUCGACGGACAAAAACCUCUUCUCCAAAUGCCAGUAGUAGGAGUUCUUAUUUGAAGGCUAAGGGUACGUCUGAGGCAUCAUCGACUCCGAACUAUGGAGCAGAAAGGAAAUCCUCUUCAACUGAAGCUCUGCGAAAGCCCUUGUCUCAGACCAAGAGCUCAGAUCACUGGGGAAGUUCUGAGAAGCGUCAGUCAGUAGAGCAGGAGGCAUCUAAGCCAGUACCAGAAUCCAAGAGUUACUCGAAUGAGGAAAGUUUAAAGUCAUCCACCAUGAAACAUCCAUCCGGUUCUCUUCCAAAGAUAUCAACAUCACGUAGCACUGAUAUUUCUAGGUCUUCAAGUGCGGAGACUCCAUCUACUGAAAAGGCUAGUCAUGUUCAUCCAAAACUUCCUGACUAUGAUGCCAUAAGUGCGCACUUCGAGUCUCUCCGACGGAAUCGCUAAUAUAUUUAGUUGCAUGCACAUAGGAUAUUGUAGGUAUUUAUACGUGCUUUGUAAUUAUUGUUUUGAUCUGAGAAUCCAAUGAACUUGGUUAUAGGAUGUGUAAGAUGAAAGUUUCCUGCCCAAAAACGAGUCAAAAACAGUCAUAUUAUUUUUGUUUCUAAUUUUUUUUUUAAUUUUUUUUUUAAUUUUUUUGGGUACAGUUCGAAUAUAAGGGCAUAUUUGUUUGAAAAUUGAUGUAACGUUAUAAAAUGUCUUGUUUUGAUUGAGUUUGGAUAUCAAAACUGUACGAAUGCCGCCCUGUUUAUUUUAUUCCGUUCUAGCUUCAAUUA